AUAAUGACUUCCAUGACUCCUCUACCUACAACCACUCUAACCUUCUCUUCUUUAUCAUUCCCUCUCAAUUUGCUUCUCCACAACUUCUCUUUCUUCUUCACUAUUACCCGCAAAAAGAUUUCUAAGAGAAAAUGGCGACUAAGAUUAGCUCAUGUUGCUGUUAUCUUCUUCUACUUCUCUUCUCUUUAGGUAACUUCAGCAAUGCCACGGUUUUCACUCUUCAAAACCAUUGUAGCUACAUGAUAUGGCCUGGAACUCUCUCCGGAAACGGCGCUGGAACUCUCGGAGACGGUGGCUUUGCAUUGCCACCGGGCUCAUCAAUCCAACUCCAAGCUCCACCCACUUGGUCUGGCAGGUUCUGGGCUCGAACUGGGUGCACAUUUGAUGAUUUAGGCAAUGGCAAGUGUGACACCGGUGACUGCGGAGGCGCCCUGAAGUGCACCGGCGGUGGAGCUCCCCCUGUCAGCCUGGCUGAGUUCACUAUUGCACCAAGCUCUAAUGAGAAGGAUUUCUAUGAUGUUAGCCUAGUCGAUGGAUAUAACGUUGGCUUAGGUGUCAAGGCAUUGGGCGGGUCAGGUGAUUGUCAAUAUGCGGGUUGUGUUGCGGAUCUUAAUGGGAAUUGCCCGCCAGAGCUACGGGUUACGGAUUCAGUUUCGGGUUCGGUUGUCGCUUGCAAGAGUGCUUGUGCAGCAUUUAAUGCGCCGGAGUUUUGUUGCACCGGCGAUCAGUCGACACCGCAGACUUGCUCACCGACACAGUACUCGGCGUUGUUCAAGAACGCAUGCCCUUCGGCUUAUAGUUAUGCUUAUGAUGAUGCAUCAAGUACUUGCACUUGUUCCGGAUCCGAUUACAUGAUUACAUUUUGUCCAACUGGGUCUGGAUGAUUUGAUUCUCAUUUCUGGGUUGCUUAUUUUAUUCUGUGAAUGAUUAUAGAUUUCAUUAACUAUUUUAUGGAUAUAUUAGUUGAUCGGAUCAAUAUUCGUCAUAUUGUUCAUUAGUUUAACAAGUUAAUAAAAAAAUAAUUUAAUUUUA